AGUAGUUGUAGAAACCAAAGACGGGUAGUCUGGAUGGAUCUCCGCGUCUGGCAUUCUCUAGAGACCGAAAAUGGUGCGUGCUUUGCUGUGCCAUAAUUUUACCUGUCCUGUGGCCUUUCUCCUUGCCUUGUUGCACUUGGUGGGAUCUUAUGGUCUUUCCGUAUCCGUCACGUCGUCGUCGUCCUCAGCUGCCCUUUCUGCUUUUGGCACUCAAAUAUCGACGUCGUUGCUUGAUCAGAACCGUCGUGCUGCAAGGAUCUUCAGUAGGAGGGCUUCUUCCUCCACAUCUUCUACUUCAACCUCUUCCUCGCGCAGCAGGACAGCCCUCAAAAAGCGUGGCACGAAAGCAAGAGCCAAUCCCGAAGAACCGCCUUUGGUCUAUACGGAAGAUGCCAGCUAUCUGAACCAGGACGUGGCAGAGAAACCUGAUGGGACCUCGACCGAAGCGUUGACGCCGGCGCCUUUUGAGGGUCAGUAUUGUCGAGGCGGGGCCUGCCAGUACCGUACGCCACCACCUCCCAAGCCGGUCCCCGACCCAGGCGAGCCGGCGACGGCUGCGAUCCCACCAGCGUUCGAUGCGCCUGAUAAACGCGAGUUUUGUCAGGGGUUGGGAUGCAAUCCGGGACAGGGUCAUCCUGUGAGUGGCGCAGCGGCAGUUUUUGCUGAAAAUUGUGCGCAGCUAGUAGAUAUAGAGGCAGGCGGCCUGCAAAACGAUCCACACACAGGAGGCGUCAGAUUGAAGCAGGCACAUGCGAAUUAUGGUAGGAAAUCGACACAAGGAUGGGCUACAACUGAGGAGCUUUCGUUAGGUAGAAUGAGUCUAGUACUCUCUUGUUCCUUGUUGUUUAGCAGCACUACAAGGUCUGUUGCAGGAGUUCUCUUUCUCCAUCGUCCUCGUCGAUCCUCUAAUAUUCUUUCCUCACUUGGUGUGGAAAGCGCGUCGCACCUACAGAGGCGCCUUCGUGUGCUGACAGUUACGUGGAUGUCCUCACCAUGGCCCUGUCAGCGCAGGCAAAGUCUCCAGCGAUCGGCGCCACAGCCGACGUUUGUUCCGCUUUAGGAUCCUUUCUGGGCACGGCAAGAAGUGCCGACGUUCAUUUGCGUCUCAUCCCGGAGGCGUUGCCCAAGACGCCUGAUGGAACUUUGAUGCUGGCCUCGCUUCAACGACUCGCGGAAACGUCUACUCUUCUGUUGAGCAACGACACAAGUACAACCGCUUCUACGUCGAACUCGGCCAAGUCGCUGCAUUUUCCGAGGACCUCCGACGCUUCACUGUCUCUAUCAUCCACCUCUCACUCAGUAGUACAGCAUAGUAGCGAAGUUCAAAACAACCAGAAGGUCCAGAAGAGGGGAGUGUGGUGGAGAGAAGGCAAGAUUCCCUCAUAUGUAGCGAGCCCACCAUGUGCCUCACCUGUGGGCGUCGCAUCGCCAACCAAAAGCUACGUGAUCGACGCUGUCUCAGGCGCAGAAGUAGCUGGAGAUCUCUACGAGUACUGCAGCGACCAAACGAGUGAGAUCUUCGGUCCGACGGGUGGUCCUUUUACCGGUGCCCAAAUCGCCGAAAAAACGCGCUCGUGGUGCCGGUGGAAAGCAUCCGUACGAACCUUCGCUUAUGCUCCGGUCAUUAUCCUCAAUGUAUCUAUUAACAUCAAGUUCAAAAUCAACAUCAUUGAGGAAAAUCAAAAUUAAGUACUUAGUUCUUCUUGUUAGUGACAGAGUUGAGUGUGUAUCAGCAUCAACGACGAAAAUUAAGUACUAAGAUACUACUGUCAGUGCCUCGAGUAUAGAACAUGAUCUCGUUCUACUUCUAAGAUUUUGGAAAACCAGACUGGGACAGCCGCACGUGCAACGGCAUGCUCGCGCGUGUCGCUUUCGCACUCCGAUACCAAUUGGAUGCCGUAUUAUCACCUCAGCAGGUCUGCAAAGCAUUGUUUUCGAGUCAGGCAACUGUUCGGCGCGUACAGGCAUUGGUUUUAAGGCCGCUGAUCACACAUACAUUUUUUAAACAUCAGUAGUUCUAGUUGUGAAAGACGUUUACUAGGCUUACUAGGUAUAUUCAUUAGUCACAAAUACAACAUGAACAUAAUCCCAAUGUUGACACAGAACAUACUUGCACGAAUCUUCUAGACUUUUUGUUCUACGACUGAUCCUCUAACGAAAGACAACGCUUUGGCGGCUCCGGUCCGUGGUGCUUCGUUACCGCAAGGGGAAACGGCAGAAGAAAUAGCUGAGCGCAAAAGGGUAGCUGAGGAAGCAGAAGCCUAUGCCAGAGCAGUACAGAAGAAGCUUCGCGAUGCAGCUGCAGCUCAAGCGGAACUGGAGAAGAUAAGGAUGGACAAAUCAGCUUUUACUCCAGGGGGUGGAGUUCAAUUGCGAUAAAAGGAGCACUAUAAUGUCACUGUGCUAACAAGAGGAAGAGUCAAUGCACAGGACUACAGUAGGUUUUUCUAUGGAACUGUUGUCGCUGUUCAUUUCCAUUUUCCAGUUUGGGAGAUAAACUUAUAUGCGAAUAUCGAUGUAAUUUCUUAUAGUGCUAGUUGAUUUUGAUAUAGAGAUCGUCUUAUUUCUUGGUGUAUAUUUUGUACAGCGACCGCGUGAUGCAAAGAAAAUUGUCGUUUAUGUUUUUUCACAAAAGAACUCUAUGCUGUGUACAGGAUAAUCUUGGGAAAAGCAUAAUUACUGAUCAAGAAUUAGCUCUACCAAAAUGUUUGGGUGGUCUUCAUCUUCCCGUAGUCGAAGACGAAGAUCAAAGAAUUUCUUGCACAGUUAUCAUGCUCGGUCAUGACAUUGUUUAUCGUUUAAGAAUAAGAGUGGAGAUGAUGCGCGAGCGAGGAGGUUGCGCGUGUAUGCAAUGGUUGUAAUCAUUUUUUACGACAUCAUACGAACUUUACUUCAUCUGCA